UAAGUUAACGCUACCGUUAGCCACAAUUCUGGUUAGCACGUUGGGCCUAACGUUACGUCUCCGUUCUACAAAAGGAGAAACAAUGCAGCGUUUGUAUUCAGGCUACGUCGUGCAUAAUCCCUACACCUGGAUUAUAGUUGCACCGAGACAAAUUUGAACACCCAGCUGGUGGCUACAAGAAGAUGUUUGAGACGUGUGAGGAGUUGUCUGAGCCUCUUCCAACAACAGUCACAGGUAGGAUUCCUUCAUUUCUGAAGGGAAGUCUUCUUCGUUUGGGACCUGGGCUUUUUGAGGUUGGAGAUGAACCUUUCUAUCACCUCUUUGAUGGCCAGGCCCUCAUGCACAAAUUCGACUUCAAGAACGGCCAGGUCACCUACUUCCGAAAAUUUAUCAGAACAGAUGCCUACGUGAGAGCCAUCACAGAGAAGCGUGUGGUGAUCACUGAGUUUGGCACCUUUGGGUACCCUGAUCCCUGCAAAAAUAUUUUCUCCAGGUUUUUCUCUUACUUCAAGGGUGUUGAGGUCACAGACAACUGCCUGGUGAACGUUUACCCUGUUGGUGAGGAUUUUUAUGCCGUAACAGAAACCAAUUACAUCACUAAAGUAAACGUCGAUACCUUGGAGACACUGAAGAAGGUUGAUAUGUGCAACUAUGUCAACAUUAACGGAGUGACAGCCCACCCUCAUAUUGAGAGAGAUGGUACUGUGUAUAACAUUGGAAACUGCAUGGGGAAAGGAGCAACACUGGCCUACAACAUUGUCAAGAUUCCACCCACACAGAAAGAUAAGUCUGAUCCCAUUGAGAAGUCCAAGGUGGUGGUGCAGUUCCCCAGUGCUGAGAGGUUCAAGCCCUCCUAUGUGCACAGCUUCGGCAUGUCAGACAACUACUUCGUCUUUGUGGAAACCCCGGUGAAAAUCAACCUGCUGAAAUUCCUGAGUGCUUGGAGCAUCCGAGGCUCCAACUACAUGGACUGUUUCGAGUCCAAUGAAACCCAAGGAACCUUGUUUCACAUUGCCAAGAAAGACCCGGGAGAGUACAUUGAUCUCAAGUUCAAAGGGGCACCCAUUGGCAUGUUUCAUCACAUCAACACCUAUGAGGACCAAGGCUUCAUUGUUGUUGACCUCUGCGGAUGGAAAGGUUUUGAAUUUGUUUACAACUACCUCUGGUUGGCUAACAUGAGAGCCAACUGGGAAGAGGUGAAAAAGGCGGCCAUGAUGGCGCCUCAGCCGGAGGUCCGCAGAUAUGUUAUUCCCCUGGACGUCCACAAGGAGGAGCAGGGGAAGAACCUCAUCAGCCUGCCGUACACCACAGCCACAGCGGUGAUGCACGCUGAUGGGACGAUCUGGCUGGAGCCGGAGGUGCUGUUCUCCGGGCCUCGCCAAGCCUUUGAGUUCCCUCAGAUCAACUACAAGAGGUAUGCAGGGAAGAAUUACACAUAUGCCUACGGCCUGGGUCUCAACCAUUUCAUACCAGACAGGAUCUGCAAGUUGAAUGUGAAGACCAAGGAGACCUGGGUAUGGCAAGAACCAGACUCCUACCCUUCAGAGCCCCUGUUUGUUCAGACUCCUGAUGGGGUAGAUGAAGAUGACGGAGUGCUGCUGACCAUUGUGGUGGCUCCUGGCUCCCAGAGACCAGGAUACCUCCUAAUCCUCAACGCCAAGGAUCUGUCUGAGAUCGCCAGGGCAGAGGUGGAGUGCAGCAUUCCUGUCACCUUUCAUGGGAUGUACAAACCCUAAUGAUGCUUUUCUCAGGGUGUCAACAGUAGUCAGCCAUUACAGUGUUACCAACUGCCACUCGGUAUUAAAAACAGGAUAAAUAAUGACUAAAUGUGUCAUUGUGUCAAGAAAAAUAAAGCUUUAUCAGCCAAAA